CGCUUCCCACGCUAAGCUUCAAAAAUGCCGAUGUUCACUAUAGCCACUUUCGUAUAUAUUGCCCGACAGGGAACCGUCUAUUUUGGUGACCGGCUUUCUAGUGACCGGCUUUGUUUCGACGACGAAGAUAUGUUGGAAUUCUUCUCAAGACAGCUUAUAGGCGAAGCACAAACAUCUACCUUUGAUAAGUUGUACCCUACUUUUUCAGUACAGUGGUAUCAACAGGACGACAUCAUCGAUGUUUUUGAUGACCCACGAAGCGUUAUUAUUGAAACGGUUUGGAUUUUUGACUUAGACGGCGAUAUUCUACGAUUCAACAAGAAGGACCACAGUCUUUAUGUCCCUCUUAGUCUAGUUCGCCAGCGUCCCAUACUCAUUUCCGAUUUCGAGCCUUACGAACGCCCAACGCCCCCAAACCACACCUUGGAUCUUGGUUUCCAACCACCAUAUUGGGAAAUGCAGCAUGUCGGAUUAGACUUGCAGUGUCUGGCGCGGCGCAAAGCUUUUGUUUGCAGGGCGCUCGCUGACUUUGCGUUCCAGUGGAGGCAUAUUCUGUGCAGUCGUUAUAACGACUCGACGUUUCAAAGGCUUGCCUACGGAAUUGUUAGGAUUGCUACUUUUGACUUUGACGUUGAAGAAUAUGACUAUCCACAUUUGGAAGUUACCGCGCCUCUGGUUUUUAUUCACAUGCUUCCGGAGUGGGAAUCCUUCCAUGGUCAAAUUGUCCCAGUCGGCAGGAUAUCUGUUGUACUUUCCCGAGAUCCUCAACACGCUCUCGCCCUAAUUCGAGAUGAUUUCGCAAAUCGAUCAGCCCUACAAUGCGACUCUUCCGGAACUGAUAGCGACACUACAUACCUCAUACUAUCAGUGCAACAUAUCGUUCUUUAUCAGAUUAGUCGCCGUUAUGAAAGAUACACAAAACCCGUGCGUUUGCUUGAGGGCACGCAUCCUCCCUCCGAUGAAGCCAUCGAGCUUCUACUCAAAACUACACAGGUUAGUUCUCCUAAAACUCGUAUCAACAGACUCCCCGUUGAGCUGCAGGAUAUGAUCCUUGACGAGAUAUCGGAAGGGCCGAUUGAGCGCGCCAGAGUCGGCUGCAUACUUAAUGCUGGAACUUUAUUCCAAUGGAGAAGCGGUGGCCGGGACAUAGAGAGAGAAGAAAGUUGGUCAGGCAGGAUUGAGGAGACUCCUGUGGAGUCACAUAUUCUUUUCGGCGAUCAUUUUAGUGGUGUGGCGUACAGGUAGGCUUACUGUAGAUGCGACUUUUGAAAAGGUCCAAAGAUUGAUAUAUACCCGUAAACGAGCCUUUUGUUUUGCAUUUAUUUGAAGUAAUUAGAAUACAGUAUCAUGCCCCUUGGAGCAUCAGCGACCCCGGCAAUAGUCUCUGUCUACCUACCCUUACCACAACAUCAAAUUACAUGAUUUUAAAGUAAUUUAAAGUUGCAGCUAUAACCAAAGAAGAUA